UCUAUGGUAAUUCGGUGUACAUUUGACAGGUGUCUCUAAAGUUUUGGUAAAAAAAUAAUUUAGAAUAGUAAUUGAUAGAUUUUGAUUGUGUUUUAAAUCAGUUAUAUUUGCAGAUUUUCGUUUUGUUUAUUACGUUGAAGGUCAGGUAUAUUUGUACCUCCAUGACUGGUGUUGAUAGAUAGUGAAUUUCUCAUAGUUAUAUUUCAUUGCAAUUUUCAUUGAAAAACAAUAUUGUUGAAUUAAAGAAACCAUGGACCCACAUCAUAUGCAUCAUUUAAAUCAUGGAAUGGAUCAUGGAGGUCAUGUACCUGAAGGAAUGGAAAAUAUAGAACAUGCAGCUGUUCAAAUGAAUGGGACUCAUUUUAUGGAAGAUAUUAAUGUGAAUAAAAUAUUUAACACAAGUGACAAUUUCAAUAUGAUGAAUGGUGAUCAAGAAGCAAUGACCCAUGAGCAUCAUGGUCAACAUGCUCAUCACGACAUGGGACACAGCAUGACGUUUCAUGGAGGCUACCUGGAAACCAUUUUAUUUUCAUGGUGGAAAGUGACAGAUGCUGGGGAAUUUGUUGGAUCAUUUUUAGCAAUAUUUCUUGUAGCAUUGUUAUAUGAGGGGCUCAAAUAUUACAGAAAACAUUUACUAUGGAAGACAUACACAGGACUUCAAUAUUGUGCAGUAUCACCUCCCGAUAAGGGUGUGUCAAAUAUUUGCGCUCCAGAUGAUCCUCAAGUCAUACAACCAGUUCCCCAUGUUCUUGACAGGAAUACACCAACAAUGAUGAGUACUGCACAUGCUUGGCAAACAGUUUUACAUGGUGUUCAAGUUCUUGUGAGCUAUAUGUUAAUGCUUGUGUUUAUGACAUACAAUACAUGGCUGUGUGCUGCUGUGGUACUGGGAUCUGCGACAGGUUAUUUUUUCUUUGGCUGGCGUGAGUCAGUUGUGGUGGACUUUACAGAACACUGUCACUGACAUAAUAUAGUAAGAAGCACCAUCCUAGUAUUACUAUUGUUAAUUUUUUAUAGCCUCGCCACAAAAAAACUCAAAAUGUUAUGUAUAUCAUGUUAUAUUAAGACAACCUUUUUGGGUUAUAUAUUUAUACCAGUUACUAUACAGUUAAAGGUUUAGGUUACUAGAAUAAAUAUUAAUGCUUUGGA